AUGGCCGUAUCUCCUACCACUUGUUUUGGUCCAAACGCAGAAAUAAGCGUCCUGGAAACCAAUCAGUACUUGUGCUCUGAACUGGAAAAAUGCAAACAGAACUUCCGAGACCUCACAGAGAAAUUCCUGACAUCCAAAGCUACUGCCUACUCCCUGGCCAAUCACCUGCAGAAAUACAAGUGUGAAGAGUGCAAAGACCUUAUAAAAUCUGUGCUGGAGGAGGAGCUGCAGUUUCAGGAGAGGGAGCUGGCCGAAUUGCCGAGGCCAGCUGCAAGGCUCCGGAUACAUGAUCCCUUAAUUCAGGCUCAGGCUGAAGAACUGACCCACUUACAACAGAAGAUACAGGAAGGGAGAGGUGUCUGCUACCUUUUCACCCAGCAUGUGAAGAACACAGUUAAGUCUUUUGAGGGCCUUCUCAGGAACACUGGCAUUGCCUACUACCAGAGACAGAGAUUCUAUGAGCAAACGCUACAAGGAAGCCAGCUGACAGAGAUCCUUGUCAGAAAACUGGCCACAGGUAAGUUGGCUACAGGCUCUGAAGACCCUUAGCUCCCCCCAAGUGCUCCAAAGAGGGGAGAAAAAAUGCAAAGUUAUCUUUAUUGUAGAUUUUAUUUUAGUUUUGACUGUGGUCCUUAAUCUGCAUUCUAUUGUUUUCUCUUUA